CCAUUUGGUAACGAGAGUCAGAUCUACGUAUACUGUGAUAUGGAGACAGAAGGCGGAGGGUGGACAGCAAUCCAGAAGCGGAUAAGUGGAUCAGUGAGUUUUAACAGAACAUGGACAGAGUAUAAAAAAGGUUUUGGAAAUCCAAAUGACUCAUACUGGAUCGGAAAUGACGUGAUUCACCAGCUGACCAAGAAUUGGAGCUCAUCCCUCUACGUCUCUAUAACAUUACUGAAUGCAACGACUUUGUAUCAACAAUAUCAGCAGUUUUCUGUGUCUGAUGAAACAGACAACUACAGACUCUUUCUUGGAGGGCCAGCUACCGGAACCUUGGGUGACAGUAUGAUGAACCCUGGAGAUUCUAACGGUCAUCUGUCUGGGAUGUUCUUUACUACCUCAGACAGGGAUAAUGACCAGUAUGGAGGUAACUGUGCUGCUGUUUGGGAAGGAGGUUGGUGGUUUAAGAAUUGUUAUGUCGCCUUCCUAAACGGACCCUGGUCUCCGAAGAAAUGGACGUAUCCCUGGUAUCCUACUAUUGAGUAUGGUACUUCAGUGAAGCAGACACUGAUGAUGUUUAAACGUCAUUAA